AACAAGCCACUAGCGGUGACUAGCAGUCUUAACUACCACAGGAUGUGCUUUAGAGCACAUAGUCGGUUAUAGCGGCUGCUAGCAGCCGUGGCCAAGCAUCGAGCUCCGAUCUCCGGCCCUGAAAAUUGUACGGCCUCGUUUCCAUCGGCGAAGUUGACGGCGGGACCCAUCGAUCUUUCACUCGGAACCGUUCAAGACUCGGGGAUUCGCCAUGACAAGCAGUCAAAUCACGGACCUGGACUAGACUGAUAUGGAGCCCCAGGGUUGACUCGAACUCGACGUCUUGCUUUUAUAUCGCUUUAACCGACACUCACCUCACAGUCACACCGUUCUCCAACACAGCUCUUGUCUUUCGACGCCCUUGUUCACUCACCCUCUUCCUGCCCUCACCUUCUCUCCUGCGGCCCUGGCACUGUAUGAUCUGAUCAGACAAAAGAGCACACGAGCAGAGAGAUAAAAAAACAUACAGCAACAAUGUCACUGCUUCGGCUAUUCCGCGCACCUUGCGCAACACGCGCUCUCACGCAAUCCGCAUUGAAGAAACCGGAAUCGUCACUACGGCUACUGCUGCCCACACAGAGACAACACUCCUCCUCUUUCUCGACCUACACCUCCCGAAGAAGACAGGAGAGCCUAUCGCUGGACGAUGACCCAGCCAAAUCCCUGCCGGGCAUUGACCCGAGCAAACUGGAGGUGACCAAGACGAUUACUCCGAAAGAGCUGGUUCCCAACAAGGAUCUCGUGUUUGGACGGACAUUCACCGAUCACAUGCUCUCAAUCGAAUGGACAGCAUCUCAAGGCUGGCUAGCACCCCGAAUCACGCCGUACCAAAACCUCUCCCUCGACCCGGCAACCUGUGUAUUUCACUACGCAUUCGAAUGUUUCGAGGGCAUGAAAGCAUACAAGAGCCAACAAGAUGGCUCACUACGACUAUUCCGCCCAGACAAGAACAUGGCACGCCUGAACAAAUCCGCAGCGCGCAUCGCUUUGCCCACAUUCGAAGGCGACAAGCUGAUCGACCUGAUCGGCAAAUUCUGCAAGCUGGAUGAACGAUUCAUCCCGUCUGAAAAGGGAUACUCGUUAUACAUUCGCCCGACGCUGAUCGGCACGCAGCGCACUUUGGGCGUCGGUCCACCGGGUUCGGCUUUGUUGUUCGUCAUCGCCUCACCCGUCGGCCCGUACUAUCCCACGGGAUUCAAGGCGAUUUCGCUCGAAGCCACCGACUACGCUGUGCGCGCGUGGCCCGGCGGUGUGGGCGACAAGAAACUCGGAGCCAAUUACGCGCCCUGUAUUGUGCCGCAGCUCAAGGCCGCGAAAAAGGGCCUGCACCAGAAUCUAUGGCUGUUUGGACCAGAAGAGUAUAUUACUGAGGUUGGCACGAUGAACUUGUUUGUGUGUAUCAAGAACAAGGAGACUGGUCAGAAGGAGCUGUUGACCGCUCCGCUCGAUGGAACUAUCCUUGAGGGUGUCACGCGCGAUUCUGUCCUUGCCCUCGCCCGUGAGCGAUUGGUGCCCCAAGGGUGGAAGGUUGAGGAAAGAUAUGUCAAGAUGCAGGAGCUUGCUGAUGCCGAGAGUGAGGGUCGUCUCGUCGAGGUGUUUGGUGCUGGUACCGCGGCGAUCGUCGCACCUGUGAGGAAUAUCCUCUGGAAGGAUCGCAUGAUUGACUGCGGCUUGAAGAAGACGGAAGAGGCGGGCGAGGUGGCGCUCAAGAUGAAGAACUGGAUCGAGGGAAUCCAGUAUGGUGAAGAGCAGCAUCCUUGGAGUGUCAAGAUUCCGUGAACGGAACUGAAUACUACUAUUCAGACUUGAACAAGAAAAGAGAGUUCGGGGGGCAGGAGCAGUUGCCUUUCACCCUCGUGAGUCUUCUUUGUGUUCAAUUGAAAAGAAACCUGCAGUGGGAGCCGCCGAGUGUAUAAAGAAAGUUGCAGCCUGGAUGUUGCUUGCUUAUUAUAAAGGAGUAGAGUGUUGGAGUGUAGAGAAAGCAUUGCAUUGCCGUGUGAAGAAAGUGUUUCUAUGUUUCGACAGUAGUACGACGAGUGUAGCAAGCAGUGCGUUCUCUCAAUCUUCAUGAUGUAUUGCUUCAAGUUGUCUUUGAUUCCUCA